GCAAAUGCAAAUCAGAAUGUGCCGUGUCUGUUUGGGGGCAAAAGCAUUGUAUAAGAACACUGAUGAUGUUGACCUUUAUAGAACUGAUGACAAAUUACUUGCUGAUUUUUAAUUGUGAGUUCCUUUUUGAUUCUAUAAAAUUUAAUUCCUAGGCCAGUAUCUUUCUGUUUUACACAGAUUUAGCCAUUUGAUGUACUUCUAACAUUUAAAAAUAACGUAUUUUUCUUAAACUAAAAACUUCUUCAGUUAACACCGUAAUUGCUAAGUAACGAAUCACUGGCACAUUCAGUUGUAAUAGUCUUGCUCUAAUUUUGUAGGCAGUAUGUUCUGCUGAUUCCUUCUGUUCUACAAGAAAGCUCCUUGGAUAAAGCUUGUGCCCAGCUUUUUAAUCUCACUGAAUCUGCUGUUCUGACAGUCUCCCUCAACUAUGGUGAAGUCCAGACCAAAAUAUUUGAAGAGAAUGUUACUGGAGAAAAUUUCUUCAAAUGCAUCAGCUUUGAGGUUCCUCGGGCCAGAUCCGACCCACUCGCUUUCAUUACAUUUUCUGCUAAAGGAGCCACUGUCAAUCUGGAAGAGAGGAGAUCUGUGGCAAUCAGAUCCAGAGAGAAUCUGAUCUUCAUACAGACUGAUAAACCUUUCUACAAGCCUGGACAGAAAUUGACGUUUCAAGUUGUAUCUCUGGAUGAUCAUUUGAAGCCAGCUGAUGAAAUGUACCCAGUGAUCACCCUUAAGGAUCCAGAAGGCAAUCGAAUACAACAGUGGAUGAAUGAGGAGUCUGUGGGAGGUAUUCUACAGCUCUCCUUCCAGCUAAUCUCAGAGCCCAUCCUUGGACAGUAUCAAAUCACUGCAGAGACGCUUAAUGAGAAGAAAACGUAUCACUUCUUCUCUGUGGAAGAAUAUGUGUUACCCAAAUUUCAAAUGACUGUGGAUGCACCAGGAAGUAUCUUGGUUGUGGACCCUGAAUUCAAAGUUAACGUCUGUGCCUCAUAUACCUAUGGUGAACCUGUGGACGGGAAGGCCCAACUUAGCGUGUGCAGAGAAUCUACUGCUUAUCAUUCCUGUGCUCACCUUCGCAGUUCACUCUGUAAAAAUUUUACCAUUCAGUUAGGAAAAGAUGGCUGUGUCUCCAAGUUUAUUAACACAGAUGCUUUUGAGUUAAAUCGGGAAGGAUACUGGCAUUUCCUCGAAGUGCAUGCUCUUGUUACAGAAGAUGGAACAGGGUACAGCUUUCAGGGCUCCAAGUCCAUAUACAUAGACUCGUCAAUGGUGAAGAUUAGUUUUAAGAAUAUGGAUAUGUCCUACAAACAGGGACUCCCUUAUUUUGGCCAGAUUAAAUUGCUUAAUCCAGACAACGCUCCAAUCCCAAAUGAAGUUGUCCAGUUGCAUCUGAAGGACAAAAUUGUGGGCAACUACACCACAGAUGUAAACGGCAUUGCUCAGUUUUUCUUGGACACAUCCACGUUUACGUACCCAAAUAUCACUUUGAAAGCAGCCUACAAGGCCAAUGAAAAUUGCCAGGCUCGUGGCUGGGUGUUGCCUCAAUACCCUCAACCGGAGUACUUUGUAUACCGAUUUUACUCCAAGACUAACAGCUUCAUAAAGAUUGUCCAAGAGAUGGAAGAACUGAGAUGCCACCAGCAGAAGAGGGUGCUGGUGCACUACCUUCUCAACAUGGAAGACUUGGAAGACAAAACCUACACAGCAAACUUCAAUUAUUUGAUGAUUUCAAAAGGUGUAAUCAUUCUUCAUGGGCAACAGCUAAUUGAGAUCAAUGAUAAUGGGAAGAAGGGCGUAUUUUCCAUUUCUAUAGAUGUUCGCCCUGAGUUAGCGCCCUCAGUAGAUCUGCUUGUCUAUAGCUUGCAUCCUGGAGGAGAAAUGGUGAUGGACAGCGCCCAAUUCCAAAUUGAGAAGUGCUUCAAAAAUCAGGUCAACUUAAAUUUUUCUAAAGAAAAAAGUUUACCAGGAUCCAGUAUCGAUCUUCAAGUCUCGGCUGCUUCAAACUCUCUCUGUGCUCUUUGGGCUGUAGACCAGAGUGUAUUGCUACAUAGGAAUUAUGGUCAGCUAUCGGCACAAAGUGUGUAUAGUAAGCUAUAUUCCAGGGAACUACAUGGCUACUAUUUCAAAGGACUUAACUUAGAAGAUGGCCUUAAAGUGCCGUGUCUUAAAGAUGAACAUGUCCUUUACAAUGGAAUUUAUUACACACCUGCGUGGGCAGACUUCGGAAAAGAUGCCUAUGACCUUGUGAAGGCAAUGGGAUUAAAGAUUUUUACCAACUCUCACCUCCGGAAGCCAGUAUUAUGCAAGGAUUCCAACCAUCCUCACUAUGCUGAUUACGUUUCCUUAGAGGCUACAGAUUUAAAGAUUGGGAGUAAAUUUUACGGUGAAACUCUGAGAAAAUCAUUUCCUGAAACUUGGGUUUGGAAUCUUAUUACAACUGACUCCGCGGGUGCAGCCAACCUUAAGCUUACUGUUCCGGAUACCAUCACACAAUGGAAAGCCAGCGGAUUCUGCAUGAAUGACAAAGCUGGCUUUGGCCUCUCACCAACUGUCUCCAUGACAGCUUUUCAGCCCUUCUUUGUGGACCUCACUCUGCCCUAUUCGGUGAUCCGAGGAGAAGCAUUUACUCUGAAGGCCAAUGUCUUCAACUACCUGAACAGAUGUAUUCAGGUAAAUACAGUACUGAGAGCAUCUAGUGAUUACCAAGCCAGACUUCUCUCAGCUGAACAUGAAAAUAUUUGUAUAUGUGGCAAUGAGAAAAAAUCCUUUACUUGGCUGGUUACCCCCAAAACACUGGGUACAGUCAACCUCACUGUCACUGCUGAAACCCUCCAAAAUAGUGGCUGCAGGAAUGGGUCAUCCACAGCUCCAGACAUUGGCUGGCGGGAUACACUGAUCAAAUCCUUGCUGGUAGAGCCUGAAGGUAUUGAAAAGGAGAUGACACAGGGCUCACUUAUUUGCACAAAUGGCAAGUAG